AUGGUCAUUACCAGGAGGGAGAGACACAUGACAAGUGUGAGGAGAGGAGGAGGAGCAGAGGAGAGGAGGAGGAGGGGUGGAGGAGAGGAGGAGGAAGAGCAGAGGAGAGGAGGAGGAGCAGAGGAGAGGAGGAGGAGGGGUGGAGGAGAGGAGGAGGAAGAGCAGAGGAGAGGAGGAGGAGAGGAGGAGGAGCAGAGGAGGAGAGGAGGAGAGGAGGAGGAGCAGAGGAGAGGAGGAGGAGAGGAGGAGGAGCAGAGGAGAGGAGGAGGAGAGGAGGAGGAGGGGUGGAGGAGAGGAGGAGGAGGGGUGGGGUGA